UGUACUGUACUCCAGUGGUAAACACAUGCUAAGUGAAAGACAUGCUUUGGCUAACCACUACCAAACAUAACCCUGCUGUAAACAGUUGUACUAGAUGCCAGACUUGUGUGUUUGAGUGCUGUGUCAUGUUUUACUAUUUACAGUAGUCCAAUUUUAAAAGCCUUUAGCUUGCAUGUAAUCAUUUUUGUUUGUUUGCUUGCUUGUUUUAUGCUUUUACAAAACCUUAAACAUCGUCAACAGAUUAGCAGUUUGUAUAUAUAUGCAAAUACUGUACACAUGCACAGUAAAAAAUAUAUAUGUUAAUCCAUACUGUAAAUUACAGGCUAGUUAAAAAAAUGAAAACAAAGUUUAAACUGUUGUUUAAAGGUGCAGUGUGUAAUUUUUAAAAGGAUCUCUUGACAGAAAUGCAAAAUAAUAUACAAAGCUGUAUUAUCAGGGGUGUAUAAAGACCUUUUUAUAAUGAACCGUUAUGUGUUUAUUACCUUAGAAUGAGACGUUUUUAUCUACAUACACAGAGGGUCCCCUUACAUGGAAGUCGCAAUUUUGUGCCACCAUGUUUCUACCGAAGGCCUUAACGGACAAACUUUUUUACUAAGUUGUCUCCGACAUUUACAUUUUUCCGGUGGCGGCUAUCGUAGCUUCUCUAUGCGUUUCAAAAGCGAUUGGUGAGCAGUGGACUGAGCUGUUGGUUGCAAUUCGCAACCUCACCACUAGAUGCCGCUAAAAUUUACACACUGCACCUUUAAAGGGUCCGAUUCAUGUGUUAAAAUUUCCUUUGGUUUGUAAGUGUGUAUUAGUACAUGUUAACGAUAUGCAAAAUGUACAAACCCCAAAGUUAAAAAUGAUGUGAGUUAUUGUCUCCAAAGUAAAACUCUUUUCUUGGACUGCAACAAACACACGGUUUGUAGGCAACAGUUUACUUCCUGGGAUUGAUGAUGUAGACAAGACCGACAUUAUCAUAAUUCCUCCCGCUUCGGAUUUAGCCUGUAAAUUAAAUCCUGUUAGCAUUGCAUUGUAAGCGAAUCUUUCAAACAUGGUAAGGAGCGUCACAUUUCCGACUGACGUGAGAGGUAUUCAGGGCAAUCACAACAUACAAAUUAGCUGGCCAAUCAGGGACACAGCGCUUUUCAAAUUGAUGAGUUUUGUACAAAAUCCGUGCGUUUCAGGAAGAGGGUGAAAUCUGGAGCUACAAAAAUGUACGGUAUGUGGAAAAUAGUGUGUUUUUGAACCAUAAACCACUCGAACACAUUGUAUUAUACCAAAUACACAAAAUAACGUGGUUUUAAGCAAUGAAAUAGGUGCUCUUUAACCAUGCACACAAUUGAUGUUUUCGGGGUCUUUGUGCUCAGAAUACUAUAAACAAAAAACUAAUGUUUUUAACUGUUUUUAAUGCUUGGGUUGAGCCUGCUGACAAUAAUACCCAUUAGAAACACUCUGCAUGAAAUGCUGUUUUUUGGCAUGCGGUUUGGCUUCAUCACAGUUCAACAGAUGGCCGAACAGAACAUCUCUAAACAAACCCAUCCCAUUACAAAUGAAAAAGAUGAUGCACUUGAAUUAAAUCCACCGAAACAUCAUUUGGAACCCAGCAUAGAGGAAUGUGAGCGACCCUUCACUUCACCGCCCCCUACAAGAGAAACUAUGUCCAAUAUUCACCAACAGAGAAAGAAGUGCGAGCUUAAACGACUGCUAAAACACACAUGUCCUGAGCUGAAAAACAUAGACAGCUUGGUAGACGAGGAGAUGGCUGAUAUUCUUAACACUGACCCAGAUAAUGACACUGGAUACCAAUGCGAGGUUCAGUCCAGGCGCUGGUUAUUUGAGAACCAGGCAAUCAACUCGGCUGAUAUCCAUCAGAUCAAGGGGGAUUUUCAGGACGGUGACAUCAAGAGAACAUCUUGGUUGUCUGAAGAACCCAACAAUGAAGAGAACAAAUCGCAAACUAUAUUUCAGACUCAACCUAAUGAAGAGGAAGUGACGUCAGAGCAGAGCAUCAGGGUGGAUGUUAAAGCCACACGCAGAAUGUUUGAAAUUCAAUCGGUGGAUACUUUGAAAGACAGCCAAAGUCUCUGUCCAAAAAGAAAUUUUGUCUCUGAGGAGCAAAAUAGAUCAGACCAGAAACCAAAGAAUGAUUCUGGGACUUCAACAUUUAAUAAUCUCAAUAGUGAUGCGAAUUUCACAGAUACAAGUGAGGUAUUUGUAGGUGUAUCUAAAGUCAAACAAAUCUUUGAAAACAGGUCACAUGAUGAGGAAAACAUUUACACAUCACUUGACAGUUUAAGCAAAGAGGAAGAAAUGCUAAAGGCCAAUGUAAGAAAUAGAGCUCAGAUGUUUGAAUCUACUCCCUUUGAUAAGAUCAAUCAACAAACUAAAGAAGAAUCAGAAACUAUGCUGGAGAACAUUCAAGAUACUCUUAUAUCUUUAUGGAACUUCAAUGUCCUUGAAACCGAUGGAUCCAUCCUUGAAUCUAACGAAACCGGGCAUGUGAAGAAAGCUAGGUAUAAUCUUAUAAAAGACUCAAGACCAGAAGUUCAUGAUGAGGAGAUAGUGACUGGAAGUAUUAAGAACACAAUGCUUCAAAUGCUGCCAGGAACCAACCUAAACCCCAUUGUAACCUACCUAAAAGAAGACAGUCUGGGUAACGUUGAGAUUCAGAAGGUAUAUGUUCCAACUCAUCAACUUCCAUUCACCGUACUUCAAGAUAAAGACUGCAGAAUUGCAAAUGUGGUCGAGGUUACCGAAGAGCUUCUCGGUCAGGAGAAGUCCCUGAGGAAAGGAGUUUUAAUACAAGGUGCAACAGAAACAAGAGAGAUAACAGUGUAUGCUCUCUUCAGCCACAGUGAGGAGAACAUAGGGGUGUUGGAUGUGAGGUCCAUUACUUCAAGUCAAACGAAAAAUCUAGAGCCUGAUAAAGAGAAUCUCAAGAUGUGGGACAAUUCUUCACCAAUAGACCUAGAAGCAAACAAAACUAUUAAUGUGCAGCUAGUCGGGAGCUGCGUUGAGGAGGGAGAUCUUAAUCAUUUAAAACAUUUACAAAAAACACUGCCAGAUGAAGAUAUAAGUGCUUCAUCUGAGGAAAGAGAGAAAACAGUUGAGAUUAUACCAGGUAAUGUUAAAAAUAUCAAAGCCCUUUUUAGUACCAAUCUGGAUAGAAGCUUGAGUCUGGAGUCUGCUGAGAACAAAGUGUUAAGUGUUAUAAAAAACAAAACUAAUAAAACUGAAGAGCCAAUGCAAACAAAAGAUGAACAAUGCUGUGAAACGAAUCUGAAUAAAGAAACAAUCCUGCAAGAUAUUGAAGAUGAUGGAGCUGUGCUUCAAGCAGAGCUGGUUGACGUUGUGGAAGAUGACGAAUUGUUGAAUCUACAAACAGCAAUCAUGAAUCUUCAGCAGGCCACGAUGGAGGCGAAAGCUCUUCAGCAGAGUGUAGAAGCAAAACUUCAAACUUCUUCUCCAACCAACCAAACCCAACAGAUCAGCGACCCUAGUUCAGCGAGCCAUGAGGUAACAGAGGUCAAGAAGGACAGUAAAGUAAUUGAUAAUGAAGAGCCCUCACAAAUCUCCAAAACAGAGCAAGAAGAGGAAAAUGAAGAUGUGAUGAGAGGAAGCAUACAAGCAGCACUUGAAUCUUUAGGAAAGUCCAACGUUAAUGUCACAAAGGGAGAUUUCCGAGCUGCAAUGAUUUAUAGGAAUUCAGGAAAGGCAUAUGCAGGACACAAAAAGGUGAUAGAUGUAGAUCAGCCAAGUGAUAAGACUGUUCUGAAAACUACAACAAAGCUUGCUGCUUCUGGGCCUCAAGUUGAACAGCAAGUUCUUAAAGGAUCGGCUGAGGGAGUUGACACUGCUUCUUGUCAAAGGCCAUCUAAAAACAAACCACUGACAAAACAAAUGCAUGUUUCCACAGAUGCUCCCCAAAAAACAUGCAAAACUUCCAUUGGACCCAAGCCAGCAAUUCCACCUAAACCAGAUCAUUUAAAAAUGAAGCCCAGCCCAAAUGUAAAUGACACUGAUGCAAACCGUAUCAACAACAAAGUCAUUGCUCCCUGUUCAAAACCUAAUGAGGAAAUUAAAGAAGCCUCAUCAGGCCCAGGCCCAAUGUCUUAUAAAGAUGUCCUCUGCAAGAAUUUAGAGGACAGUGGGGAUGCCUGUCAAUCUGAACCAUGUGAUACAACAGUGAACAUCAAAGUUAAUGAUGGUCAAACACAAGAAAAACUCAAUCCCACACAGGUUCUUGAAGAAUCGUCAAAGAGCUCUGAAGAAAGUGAAACAUCAGUAGGACUUCAUGCUACCCUUCAAAACUUUGGAGCAAAGGCAGGUGGAUCAGUAGCACCAGUAAAACCUAAAAGAAUCAAAAUGGCUAAAGAUCAUGUAAAGGACUCCACAGAGAACAUGAACCACUCUGAAGUCCAGCAUGUUGACAUCAUGACACAGUGUAACGGCUCCUCGAGUGAGGACUAUAAAUGUGAUGGUCAACAAAAGAGUGAAGUGAUCAGAAGAGAAAAGAAACCAAGAGGAGAAACUGAAGAUGAAAGAAGGCAGAGGCUCUCGGUGCACAUGGACGAGAUCAUAAAGGGAAACGUUACGGCCGUCAUGGAGAUCUUCGACAACCUGAAGAAACAAGAGGAACUGAAAAACAUACUUUCAAAAGUAGAGGAAAUCGAAGAAGACACCAACGAAGUUAACGUGAGCUCUCUUAAAAACAUUUUCGAGAGCGUGCCGGAUUGGGUUGUGCCACAGGAGGAGAAAACUAACCCUGAAAUUGUCAUGCAGGAGCAUAGAAGAGCUGCAUCAGGUACUCCAGUUGAACCUGAGAUGAUGUCCUCCAUGCAAGUGGCCUUUGGGGACCUAGAAAAAGCUGGGGCUGAGAUUAUCAAUUUGAAAGAGCAAACACUUGCGAGACUUAUGGAUAUAGAAGAAGCUAUUAAAAAGGCCCUUUACUCAGUAUCAUCUCUGAGAUCUGAUUCUGACAUCGUAGGGCUUUCUGGUCUCUUCAGGGAGUCGAUGGUGGAGGUGCAAGGCUCCCCCACUUCAGGUAACAUAAGAAAAAUCAGUAUUGGGUCAAGCAAAUCAGCAAAGGCCCAAAACCAGAAUGGACAGCCAACAAGACCAGCGACAUUUAAUUCAAGGCCAGAUCUUUUUAUUCCCACAACCAAACAGAGAUCAACAUCCCCAGCAUCUCCUUCAUUCAUUUCCAUUCAAUCUGCAGCAAGAAAACCCGCAGAGGUGCCGUUGCCUUCAACAUCUCAGAUAAAUCCCCAAAAAGCAGAAACAAAGGAAGAGGCCAAGCACCAGUGUUGCUGUAAUGCAUCUUCAGAUCGCAGGCAAUGUACCGUCACGAAAGAGAUCUCCUUUAGCCCUGCGAAUCAGAGACGGCAAGUCAGCGUGUUAGAAGUGAAAACAGCGCCCGAAAAAGAGAGAGUCUUUGAUACGAGAACUAUCAGUGAGAAUUACGAGAGGACGGACUGCUUUGGUAACAAGUUCUACUCUUCUAAAACAUCCACGGUUGUCACAACUCAACCCGAAACCAGGAAAACUUCAAAGAAGUUUAUCACAACAAGUCCCACAACAUCUGAAAUAGUCACAUACCCAACAAUCAACACACCUUUAAUCAGAGACGACCAGCCUUCGCUAUAAAUCCUAAUGCAUGUACAGUACACUCAUUGAAAUGUUUGCCCUUUUUUGCUUGAGGUUUUAUUUUUUGUAUGUUAAUUCAUUUAUGAUGAUUUUUGUGAUUGAAUGUUUUUUAAAAUGAUGACUUCUUUAAAGUGAUAGUUUACCUAAAAAUAAAAAUUAGCUGUUUAUUUACUCACCCUCAGGCCAUCCAAUAUGUUGGCGAAAUUUUUUCUUCAGUAAAACAAUAAAGAAGAUAUUUUACAGAAAUCCCAGUGCCUGUGAUUCAUAUAAUGCAAGUCAAUGGUUUCUGCCACUUUGAGAGUUCAAAAAGUAUAUAUAUUCAAUACAAAUGUAAUCCUCAUGACUCCUGGUGACAUAUAGGUCACAUAUUGAUGUCUUGUGAAGCCAAUCGAUCGUUUUAUGCAAGAGAUUAAACGUUAUUUACAACAUUAUUAUCGAAUGCAGAGCCUCUGCCAAACAUGAAACGCAAUCAUAUUAUUGUGUUUGGUUGGCCAACCAGCCUCUCACUGCCACCUAUAGACUGGGAGGGUAAAGCACGCUUCUAGAUAUACAUACACAGUAAGGAUAUACAGGAAGUGUUAAUCAUCAAAGAAAUCCUUUCUAUGAUUUAUAUAAUUUUAUUACACGGCUCGUUGGAAUGCUUGAUUCUGAUUGGCCAGUCGCGACAUUUGCAAGUUUGUUAUUCCCAGAUAACAACCGCUCACAAAUAAAAACACACUGUAACCUGGAUGCUGCAAAUCAUUUUGACAAGUACAGUUUAAUAUUACACAAAAAAUAUAAUAUUACAUAUAAAAAAUAAAAAACAUAUAUUACAUUAUAUUUACAAAUUUUUUAACUAUUUUACGUAAUCUCUGUGUAAAAAGGGCUUAACUUGUAUGGCUGACACUUACAACACCAACGUCAUGGGUUCAAAUCCAAGGGAACACACACAACUGAUAAAUAAAAACUUUGGUUUCACUUGCCGAUGGAAUGGGAAAGUGAAGCAAACUUUGUGUUUUACUAAAGAAAUGUAAACAGCUUGUGAGGGUGUUUUCACAUCUGUAGUUUGGUUCAUUUGGUCCGGACCAAAAGAAAAAAAUGAUACAUUGUAACUUUUUUAGCAGUUUUGGUUCCUUUUCACACCACACUGAUUGCUCUGUCCGCACCAGUUGAAACGAACCAAAAUUCUGUCAUGUGAAAAGAUCCACAUCACUCAUUGGCCACAUGUAUUUGAACGUAUUUCCUAAACUGCUUCUCGAUUGGUCAGAAUCAACAUGCGCGAAAUUCAAACGGAACCCCGGAAGUAAACAAAAAGAAGGAUAAUAGAGCAGACACCAUGGACAGACGGCUGCGCGCUGUAAUUAUGUCCGUGGUUGUUAUACAUAGUUUGUAUACAGCAUUUUAGACAAACCGUUCAUUUUCAGAAUGAAUCGCGGAUGCAGCUUGAAAACAACGUUUUAAUGCACUUUAAACAGCGAAGACACCAAAUUUCUGAGGCUCCGCCUGCACCUCCAGGUAUGUCCGUGAUCAGCCAUUGUGCUAACAUUGCUAAUAGAAACUGUCAACAAACACUUCCUCAUCCGAUAAUGCACUGCGCAGCUGACUACGGUAGCUGGUUUAGUUCAAAAUGCGCAGUACUUUCGCAGUUAGGUCGGUUAGAUCUCGGAUCAUGUUCUUACCACAAACGAACCGCUCUAGAGUUCGUUUGAAAGCGUAUCGAGACCACCUCUACAAGGUGGUCUCGGUCUGCUUUGGGUGUGCACCAGAGUUCGAUUGCUGCAUUCUCACCUGCCCAAACGAACCGCACCAACUGAGCAAUCGAACUCUGGUACGAUUCAACCGAACUAAACAAGGCAGGUGUGAAAGCACCCUAACAGUGUCUUCCUAAAACCAAUGCUACAGCAUAUUAAAAACAAGACAGCU